AUGAACAGAUUCUCAAUCUAAUCCAAUGAUAUGGAUAAAGUACAUUCUUUCUUUGGAAACAAUCUUUGGUUAGGCAGUUUGAAAGCAGCAAAGAAUUCUUAACUUUUGAUACAAAAUAAUAUCAAGACUGUGAUCACAGUAGCUAAUAAUAUUAGUCUCAAAUUAGAAAAUUUUAAGCAUUAUGUAAAUAUAAAUAAUAUAAUAGAUUUUUACUAUUGAAGAUAGUGCUUCUUUUCGUAUAAUAGAUUAUUUUAUGUAAAUUAAUGAAGUUAUAGAGGAGGAAUUAAAAAAUGGUUCAGUUUUGGUACAUUGUGUGGCAGGUGUUUCUAGAUCUAGUGCAUGUGUUAUUGCUUAUUUGAUGUAAUCUUAGGGAUGGUCAUAUGAAAAAACAUAUUAUUAUGUCAAAGAAAAAAGAUUAACAAUAAAUCCAAAUCCAGGAUUCAAGAAAUAACUUAUUUAAUAUAGAAAUUAAUUAAACUGGUUUAAAAAGUCUAAGAACUCAUUAGAAUCAAUUCAAUCUAACAAAAUAUUACUUACUCCUAGAAAUAUGUAGAAUAAUAUAAUUAUUAUUUAAAUUAGAUAAAAAUCACGUGAAGAUUUGAUAAUGUAAUUGAUUUAAAAUAAUAUUAAAUCACCAAAUAGAAGGAUUGAAUCAUUAAAUUAAUCUUCUACAACAGAAGAUAAAGAAAUAUAUAGAUUUUAAUUGGCCUAAAAAUUAUUUUAUAAUAGUUUAAAGGAUAACAAUAAAAAAAUAGAUUAAAAGAAUUAUUAGCAAAAUAAUAUUAAUUCUUCUAAUAUAAAUUUAAGUUUGUAUAAUACAAUUCAUUACUUUGUUAAAUCUGAUAGAGUUUUUUGA